AAUAUAGUUCGGUAGCUUUGGGUGAGUCCACGCAGAGCCGGGCUCAGCCGGUAGGACAGGACGCUGCAUUCACCAGGUGCAUGUCAGUGUCAGUGUGCUAUAAAAUGUGAUUGUGUUUGUUUGGAGAAAUGGCGGCCGUAAUCUGACACAGUAAUGACGACUUCUUGAUCGCCCGUUAACCAGCGCCAGAAUGGAGAACGCAAUAAACUUGAGCUCCCAGGCCCCGGAGUCGGACAUGGAGUGCUCGGAUAAUGAUAAUGACUGUUUUGACGAUGAUGAUUACUACAACAUCGUCGACGACAGCGAGAUCGAGCAAAUUGAUCCAAGCAAAACCGACCCGGAGAACUUCAAGUACGACUGCCUGGGCGAGGAACAAGUGGAGCGGCUACUUAACGAAACUGUUGAAUGCCUCAGCUACAACCUCAAAAUCACUCCUUCCCUAGCCAAAGUUUUGUUGCUCAGCCACCAGUGGCGCGUCAACAAAAUCAUUGAAAAGUUCCGCAAGGACGCCUCCGAACUGCUCAUCAGUUCGAGGAUCAAGCCCCCAGUCACGCCCCCGAGUCUCUCCCUUUCCAGAUACAUCACGUGUCCAGUGUGUGUCGUUGUCCAACCGGCUGAGAAGUUUUUCAGCCUGUCGUGUUCUCACAUGUUUUGUAAGGACUGUUGGGUCACCCAUUUUGAAGUACAAAUAAAUCAGGGAAUAUCAACGGCUAUAAGUUGUAUGGCCCGCGAUUGUGUAGUGUUGGCACCUGAAGACUUCGUUUUGAAGCACUUGUCUCGUCCCAGCAUGCGUGAAAAAUACCAGCAGUUUACGUUCCAAGAUUACGUCAAGUCCCACCCUGAGUUACGCUUCUGUCCGGGCCCAAAUUGCCCAAUUGUUGUACAUAGUACGGAAAUUAGGGCAAAACGGGCGACUUGUUCAAACUGCAAAACCGCCUUUUGCUUCCAGUGCGGAAUGGAUUAUCACGCACCUACCGAGUGUUCAAUAAUCAAGAAGUGGCUAACGAAGUGUGCCGAUGACAGUGAAACCGCUAACUAUAUAAGUGCACAUACCAAAGACUGUCCAAAGUGCCACAUUUGCAUUGAGAAAAACGGCGGGUGCAAUCAUAUGCAAUGUUAUAAUUGUAAGCACGAUUUUUGCUGGAUGUGCUUAGGCGACUGGAAGUCGCACGGCUCCGAGUACUACGAGUGCUCGCGCUACCGGGAAAACCCGAACAUUGCUCACGAAUCCGCCCACACCCAGGCUCGCGAGGCGCUGAAGAAGUACCUCCACUACUACGAGCGGUGGGAGAACCACUCGAAGUCGCUGAAGUUGGAGGAGCAGACGCUGGAGAAGCUGCGAGCUCGCAUCAACCAAAAGGUGAUGGCGGGUGUGGGCACCUGGAUCGAUUGGCAAUAUCUCUUCACGGCGGCAAGUCUCCUUGCGAAAUGUCGUUACACGUUGCAAUAUACAUAUCCAUAUGCCUAUUAUAUGGAUGUAGGUCCUCGUAAAGAACUAUUCGAAUAUCAGCAAGCGCAAUUAGAAGCUGAAAUCGAAAACUUAUCGUGGAAAAUCGAACGCGCGGAAACCACCGAUCGGGGCGAUCUGGAGAACCAGAUGGACAUUGCUGAGAAACGAAGAACCACACUUCUAAAGGACUUUCUAGAUGUUUGAUACAGUUUUUUAAAUUAUUUCCUUCGUUUGCAAUGUUGCCAAUAUUGCUUUGGAUGAAUGCGGAUUAGUCGAGGCGGGUUAUUUUAUUUUGUUAUCACCAGAGAACUCAUUGGGGAAAAUUUUACCUUAAGCACACACUACAGGGUGACCCAGUCUUGUGGCCCGAACAAAGUAGUUAUCCACAUUAAACGUGCGGUAGCAAGAUUUUUCAAUAUUGAAGCUCGAAGCACAAGUGAAAUUUUUAGACAAAGACCGUUCCUCAUAAUUCAAAUUUACAUGACGGAUCUAUGCGUUUAUUUCCAUGAGGAGAAGGUCGAAAAAAAUGACUUUAUUUAUUUAUUUUUUUUAUAAAGAAAGCAGCGGAAUCUUCUUUCAACACUAAUAAACUUAAUUACAUUGAUUUCAGAUUUAUCUAAGCUGCAUUUUCUUAGCUUAAAAUAGUUAUUAAGGCCCAAUUUCUGGUACGAUUAAACUAAACUUCAAUUAAAUUUUAUCUCUCCGUUAUGAUGCAAGUUAAUUAUUUUUGCUUAAAGUUACCCUUUAUAUACGUACAUAUUGUACUGUGAGUUUUAUUAUUAAUAUUACAAAUGUUUUGUCCAGCAUUAUCUGGAGUGUCUGAAUUAAGUACACUUUUAUUUUAAAAUUACCUCAGCUGAAUAUUUAAUCAUGGCACCGUUGUCGGCAGCGGAGGCGCUGCUAAAAUUUAUAUAUUUUGUGAUUUACGCUAUUAUUUAUAAACUAGAAAUAUUUCUUUUUACUGGGGCCACAAGAUUCGGAACACGGUGUAAACAGAUAAAUAAAAACUUAAAGUAAAAAAGUAUUGGCGGGGUUUUUACUUAUCAAACCCCAGGCACGACGAAAGUCUAAACAAAAAGCUGAACAAUAUAGCAAUAAAACUUAUAAUGAAGAGCCUUGUAGUAGAAGCAAGGUUUAAAUUAUGUCUAAUUAUUUAUGCUUUAUAUUAGUAACGAUUUAAGAGAAACAGCUAUUGGAACAAUAGUAGAGUGUGCCCAAAGUAAAAUUUUGUCCUUGUUGUUGCAUCCGAUGGUAGGUUAGUUUGCGGUGGCGAAAUGUCCGAAUCAAGCUACUUAUUUUAUUUAAACUAGAUCGAUGGUGGAAGGCGCAGGCGCAGUAGCGUCCACAACCGCGCACAUCUUUCCGACUUGAAGUCAAUCAAACUACGUAUUUUUAUAUGAGUAGUCGUAACAUAUUCAUCUCGGAAAGGAGGAACAUAUUGUGCAACGAUAUUAAUUUUGGCGUUUCUCUUGUAUAAUAAAAUUCCUCUUGUUAUAUUUCAUUUGUUCGCAAAUAAACACUCUCAAUCGAAA